CAAAGGCAAAAAGAAGAGUCAAGUAAGCCACUCUAAGUCCCCCCUUGGGGUGAGAUACAGCAAGAUAGAAAUAUAGUAAAUAAGUAAAUAAUAAGUAUCUGUAUUUCAAUUAAACAUAUCACUGUGAAGGAGGAAGCAUCUAGAUGCCUGGAGUGUGGAAAGAGAUUCACUCAGAGCGAUCGUCUUCAGUGACAUGAAAGGAUUCACACAUGGGAGAAGCUUUAUGAAUGUCUGACGUGUUGAAACAGGGUUGCAUUUACAUCAAAGAACUCACAGUGGGGAGAAACCCUAUACAUACAUGGAGUGUGAAAAGAGCUUCACUCAGAGUGGAAGCCUACAUUCACACCAAGGGACUCACACUGGGGAGAAACCCUUUACAUGUCUGGAAUGUGGAAAGAGCUUCACUCAGCCUUCAAAUCUAUGUUUACAUCAAAGAAUUCACACUGGGGAAAAACCCUAUAUAUGCCCUGAGUGUGGAAAGGGCUUCACUCGGAAUGGAGACCUACGUUCACAUCAAAGGACUCACACUGGAGAAAGACCCUAUACAUGCCUGGAGUGUGGACAGAGCUUCACUCAGAGUGGAAGCCUACGUUCACACCAAAGGACUCACACUGGGGAAAAACCCUAUACAUGUCUGGAGUGUGGAAAGAGCUUCACUAAGAAAGUAAGUUUAGAUAGACAUCAAAGGACUCACACUGGAGAAAAACCUUAUACAUGCUUGGAGUGUGGACAGAGCUUUGCUCAGAGUUCACAGCUACGUUCACAUGAAAGGACUCACACUGGAGAAAAACCCUAUACAUGCUUGGAAUGUGGACAGAGCUUUGCUGAGAGUUCACAGCUACAUUCACAUGAAAGGACUCACACUGGGGGGAAACCCUAUAAAUGCCUGGAAUGUGGAAAGAGCUUCAUUCAGAGUAGAAGCCUACGUUUACAUCAAAGGAUUCACACUGAGGAUGAACUCUAUAUGUGCCUGGAGUGUGGAAAGAGUUUCACUCGGAGUGCAGACCUACGUGCACAUCAAAGAAUUCACACUGGGGAAAAACCCUACACAUGCAAGGAAUGUGGACAGAGCUUCACUCAUAGUUCAGAUCUACGUUCACAUCAAAGGACUCACACUGGGGAGAAACCCUAUAUGUGCCUGGAGUGUGGAAAGAACUUCACUGGCAGUGGAGACCUACGUAGACACCAACGAACUCACACUGGAGAAAAACCCUAUAUAUGCCUGGAGUGUGGAAAGAGCUUCUCUCAGAGUGGAAGCCUACGUUCACAUCAAAGGACUCACACUGGGGAAAAACCCUAUACAUGCUCGGAAUGUGGACAGAGUUUCACAAACAGUUCACAGCUACAUUUACAUCAAAGGACUCACACUGGGGAGAAACCCUAUAAAUGCUUGGAAUGUGGACAGAGCUUCACUCACAGUUCACAGCUACAUUUACAUCAAAGGACUCACACUGGGGAGAAACCCUAUAAAUGCCUGGAGUGUGGAAAGAGCUUCAGUGGCAGUGGAAGUCUACGUAUACAUCAAAGGAUUCACACUGGGGAGAAACCCUAUACAUGUCUGGAGUGUGGCCAGAGCUUCACUCAGAGUGGAAGCCUACAGUCACACCAAAGGACACACACUGGGGAAAAACCCUAUACAUGCUUGGAAUGUGGACGGGGCUUUGCUCAGAGUUCACAGCUAUAUUCACAUCAAAGGACACACACUGGGGGGAAAGCCUAUACAUGCCUGAAGUGUGGAAAGAGCUUCACUAAGGGUGGAACUUACUUCACUGACAGUAUAAGUUUACAUUUACAUCAAAGGAUUCACACUGAGGAGAAACCCUAUAUAUGCCUAGAGUGUGAAAAGAGCUUCACUCAAAUUGCAAAUUUAGAUACACCUCAAAGGUCACACCCUGGGGAUUAAUCAUUUAAAAAUCUACGUGGACAUCAAAUUAUUCACACUGGACAGAAACCCUUGACAUCUGAUUAGUUUUCAAGAAGAUCAUGAGGGACCUUGUCGAAGGAAGGCCUUACUGAAAUCAAGAUGUGCUACCUCCACCACAUUCCCUGCAUCUACCAAGCUUGUAACUAUUUCAAAAGAGAGAUAAUCUUAGUCUGACAUGGCUUGUUUUUGAGAAAUCCAUGUUGAUUUUUAGUGAUCCCAGCCUUCUUUUCCAAGUGAUUACAGACUGCCUCCUUGGUGAUCUGAUCCAGAAUCCUUCCUGGUCUUGAUAGCAGGCUGACUGGACAAUCGUUGAAUCCUCUUUUUUCCCUUCUUGAAGAGAGGAAAAACAUUAGCCCUCCUCUAGUCUUCUGCUGGGUUUUCUGUUCUCCAAGAAUGUAUGUGAUUAUUUAUUGUGAGUGGUUCUGAAAUGACUUUUGAUUGUUUCUUCAAUACUCUUGGAUGCAGUUCAUCUGACCCCAGAGACUUGAAUUUGUUUAGAGUAGCCAGGUAUAGGACAAAGAAGCCAGAAUGGAUGUCCAAAGAACUUCUAACUGUGCUAAGACACAAAGGAGACAUGCACAAGAAGUGGAAAAAGGGAGAAAUCACCAAAGAAGAAUUCAAACAAAUAGCCAACUCCUGUAGGAAAAAGGUCUGCAAGGCUAAAGCACAAAAUGAACUCAAGCUUGCCAGGGACAUUAAAAACAAUAAAAAAGCGCUUCUUUUCUUAUGUCAGUAGAAAAAGGAAGAACAAGGAGGUGAUAGGGCCUUUUCGAGGAGAAGAUGGGGCAGUGCUGACAGGGGAUAGGGAAAAGGCAUAACUACUUAAUGCCUUCUUUGUCUCAGUCUUCUCACAAAAAGAAAGUCAUCUUCAACCUCAGCAAGAUAGAGUGGAUGAGGGAUUAGAGGUCAUCCAACCCCAAAUUGGAAAAUAAGUCGUCCAAGAAUACCUGGCCCCUCUAAACAAGUUCAAGUCCCCAGGGCCAGAUCAACUACACCCAAGAGUACUGAAGGAACUAGCAGAAAUCAUUUCGGAACCAUUGGCAAUAAUCUUUGAGAGUUCUUGGAAAACAGGAGAAGUUCCAGCAGACUGGAGGGGGGCCAAUGUGGUCCCAAUCCAAGAAGGGAAAAAAGGAUGACCCAAACAAUGACCAAUGUCCGGUCAGCCUCACGUCGAUACCAGGCAAGAUUCUGGAAAAGAUUGUCAAUGAAGUGGUCUGCAAACACUUAGAAACAAAUGCGGUCAUCGCUAAGAGUCAACAUGGAUUUAUCAAAAACAAGUCAUGCCAGACUCAUCUGAUCUCUUCUUUUGAUAGAGUUACAAGCUGGGUAGAUGCGGGGAAUGCAGUGGAUGGAGCGUGUCUGGAUGUCAGGAAGGCCUUCGACAAGGUCCCCCAUGACCUUCUGGCAAGGAAACUAGUCCAAUGUGUGCUAGGCAAAACUAUGGUGAGGUGGAUCGGUAAUUGGUUAAAUGGACGAACCCAGAGGGUGCUCACCAAUGCUUCCUCUUCAUCCUGGAAAGAAGUGACGAGCGGAGUGCCGCAGGGUUCCCCCCUGGGCCCGGUCCUGUUCAACAUCUUUAUUAAUGACUUAGAUGAAGGGCUAGAAGGCAGGAUCAUCAAGUUUGCAGACGACACCAAAUUGGGAGGGAGAGCCAAGACUCCAGAGGACAGGAGCAGGAUUCAAAACGAUCUUGACCGAUUAGAGAGAUGGGCCGUUCAACAGGGACAAAUGCAAGAUACUCCACUUUGGCAGAAAAAACGAAAUGCAAAGAUACAGAAUGGGGGACGAGGAAUGGCUCGAGAGCAUACGUGUGAAAAAGAUCUUGGAGUCCACGUGAACAACAGGUUAAACAUGAGCCAACAAUGUGAUGUGUCGGCAAAAAAAGCCAAUUGGAUUUUGGCCUGCAUCAAUAGGAGCCUAGUGUCUAGAUCUAGGGAAGUCAUUUUAAAGGAAUUUAAAGCCAACACACAUGUUGUUGCCUCGAAUGUGCUUCUUUGCCACAGCUUUGUGCUUCUACCAUUUUAAAAGUUGAACUUUCCUUUUCUAUGUGAAUGUGCAUGUUAGUUUCCUAUUUUAAAACAUGGGGGCGAGUGUCUGGUACAAAUUAUAAUAAUGUGUUUUAAUGAUUUUUACUGUUUUAAUUUUGUUGUUUAUAUGCUGACAGCAUCACAUGAUGCGUGCGAGGCCGCCCUGAGUCCCCAUUUGUAGGGAGAAGGACAGAGUAGAAAUGCAUGAAAGAAAUAAAAUAAAUAAGAAUUAGUGUUUCAAUGCAUUUCAAGGUAAACAUUCAUUUUGAGUUGAGAGUGUUUUGAGUGAAGAACUCGGUCACAGAAUAAAUGGAAUUCCUAAGUCAAGGUAUCAACUUACUCACUUGGGUUCCCAGCGAUGCCUGGGUUAGGUAUUUUGUAAGGAGAAACAUUAGAAAUAGUCUUUGUUUGGUUUUGGAUUUUAUGAAUAGUCUCACUAGAAAGUGUGCUAGGGUGUAGGUAAACUAUAACUCCUUUUAUCCUCCGUCAUAGCCCCCAAACCCUGCCAAUAUUUAUAGCUGGUCCUGAUGAGUGUGUGGCCCACGUUAGGUCCAAAUUCAUUGUCUGUGGGGGUCACAGGGCUAUCUGGAAGUGGGUGCUAAUUGGUAAUCACCUACAACACACACACUCCACAAAUAAACAAACAAAUUUUCACUGUUAUUAUAGGUAUAGCUUUUCUUAUAUAGACAUAUUUUAUACCACUACUAUUAUUAAUAUACAUUAUGUUAUUACUAAUAUAAAUAUCUAUACGUAUUAUCAUUAUUAUAUAGGCACACUAUAAUUAGUAUCAUUAAAGGUAAAGGUUGUCCCCUGACAUUAAGUCCAGUCGUGUCCGACUCGGGUGUGGUGCUCAUCUCCAUUUCUAAGCCGAAGAGCCGGCGUUGUCCGUAGAAAUCUCCAAGGUCAUUUGGCCGGCAUGACUGCAAAGCUAUCUAAAGGUUGGGUGUAGUGAAUCCACUACCAGUUAGGCUUAGAGAAACCUUGGAAAAAGUAGAACCAAGAGGUUCAGCAGCCAUCUUGGAGAGGGUGUCGGGGGAAUCCAUUUUAGUCACUCAUUUCCUGGAGGGGGUGUGCUUAGUAAAAGCAGCCUUUGGAGGGAAAUGAGGGAGGAAUGUGAUUGGCUAAAUUAGACUGGGCAGAGCCUAACUUGGCAAGAGGAAAAAAAUGUAUUUUAAGGAGAGGUUUUUUAAUUCCUGUGAGGAGAUUGAACUUGAGUGUCGAAGGGAGAGGAUGUUAGGAGAUUGGAGUGGUGUGGAGGGUUAGAAAGAGAAAGGCCAGAGAUUGGCCAGUUUUGUUAGCGGGGAUAGCUAGUAGGAAGUUAACAGCUAUUAAGAAGAUAGCUGGGAAGUAGAAAGAUAGAUCCAGGUUAGGACUAUCCUGUAGAAUUAUUGUCAGAGAAACUAUCCUGUCAGUAUUGGGAGAAAGAAGAGUUUCUUGUGUAACUAAGUCAGAACGGUUUAUGUAACCACACGCUUUCAAAACAAAUCUCUAAAACAGCCAAGCUUUGUACCUGAAUUGUUCCUGUUCUAGUAAAUAAACUUCAUUGCUUAUUUUUCAUUA